AUGGCGUCUCUUCUAUCCUCGGGCUCGGCCACUUCAGCCAUGCGAAAGCAGGCCACUACCAUCCCUCUUCGCGUCAGCUCUGCACAAUCCGUGGCUUCCGUUCAGACAUGUAGUUCAUUUUCCACAUUAUGUCGUUCGACAAGGUUGUCGGUUUCACAUUCUUGCCCUCAGCUCUCACUAUCCUCGGCGUUCAAGGCCUCUCUCCCUACCUACCAAAGCCGCACUUUCCUCACUCAACUCCGUCGUCAAGCGCAAGCCCUGAAAGAACAAACUACCACCUCUUCGGCACACGCGACCCCGGUCAAAUCUCCCCAGAACCCUAUCUCGACUUUGAAACUCGAUAAUCUUCCUUAUUUCGUUCGCCGCUCCGCCUCCAACAAGCUCCCCGUCUACACCGACACCAAGGCCGGUGGUACCAAGAAGCUCACCAAGAUCCAGAAGACAGAGGGUGAUCUGGAUCAACUCCGCAACGACCUGGCAUGCGCGCUGGGUGUUGUGGAUGGCCACAAGCCUAACCCUGAUGUUGCCAUUAACCGUCUUACCGGCCACAUUGUUGUCAAGGGCUGGCGCAAACCCGAGAUUCUGAAGUUCCUUGAGGAACGCAAAUUCUAA